UCUCAUCUCUUCUCCUUUAAAUUCCCCAACACAAACCCACUUUCCACCACCACCACCAAUCCCCCCACCGGAAUUCCGCUCCUCCAUCACCCUCCCCGGCCAAACCCAUCCGCCAUUCGCCAUGAGCGGCCAGAAACGUAACUUCAUGGCCACCACCGCUGUCGUCAGCCCCGUUGGCAGUCCCACCUCCGGCAACAUCUCCGACAGCUCAACAAAAGAACAAGACAGGUUCCUUCCGAUCGCAAACGUGAGCCGAAUCAUGAAGAAAUCUCUUCCGGCUAACGCGAAAAUCUCGAAAGAAGCUAAAGAAACAGUCCAAGAAUGUGUGUCGGAGUUCAUCAGCUUCAUCACCGGGGAAGCCUCCGACAAGUGUCAAAGGGAAAAACGGAAGACGAUCAACGGAGACGAUUUGCUGUGGGCUAUGACUACUUUAGGGUUCGAGAAUUACGUUGGCCCUUUGAAGAUUUAUCUCAACAAAUACAGAGAAACAGAGGAAGAAAAACAUUCUUUAGCUAGACAAGAGGAUCCUUCUUUGUCUCCGCCAAAAUCCGCCGCUGAACACAUUAUUGGAGGGAAAUCGGCGAAUUCGGUGAUGGAUUUUCAGAAUUUCAAUUCUGGGUUUUAUUCAUUGGGGAAUCAAAUUCAAAAUCAGGGAAAUCAGAAGAGUUUCAACAUAAUCGAUGGCGUUGGAUUUGGGGAAAAUUUGAGGGGUUUCAAUAUAAAUGGAGUUCAUGAAAAUGGAGAAGGAAAUCGAGCUCGAGCCAUGGCGGCUCAUCUUCAACAGAGCUCCGGUUGGUGAUUACAAAUUUUAAUAUACAAAAUUAGAAUUAAGUUUAUAAAACUUCAUAAAUAGUAGUAAAAAAAUUCAUAAAUAAAGUUUUAAACUCUAAACUUCAAAUUAUAGUCACUAUUUUAACUCAUAUAGAUAUAUAUUCUAAACAUGAACUUCAAAGGCUAAAGAGGGGGAAAAAAGAUUGGUUUUUUCUUUCUUUCUUUUUUAUUUUUGGGUUAAAUUUCGAUCUUACUUUUAGAUUAAAUUAAGGAGGAUUUUACCGUAGUUUAAUACAUUUUUAUGAGUUAGUGUAUGGUAUUUAGAGAGGAAGAGAGUGAUUUCUUUUUAUUUUAUGUUUUUCUUUUCUUUUUUUUUCUUUUGGUUAUAAAAGUGAUGGGACGUGGGAUUUGAAUCUAGAAUGAAUACUUUAAAGUAAGAGUGGCAUUUGUCACAAUAUAUUAUGCUAUUUGACUUUAUUCUAAAUCACAUUUAAUUUCUUGGUCUCAAGGUACUUACUUGGUUUUUGCUUAAGUUUUCUUGUUAUCAAUUAUGGGAAUAUAUGGUAGUUUGACCACAUUCUAA